GUCGUGAUGCGUGUGCUGGCGGCAGAGGAUCCGAGGCUGCGAGGGCGUUGAUUUACACAUCGAAGGUCGGGUCGCAGCGACAUCCGAUAGACGGACCUUCACUUUCAAUGUAGGGUGCGCCACUCAGAGAAAUCCGGUUCCCAACGAAAUGAAACCGGUUCUUCAGGAACGCUUUUCGUUUGGAUGGCUUGAAGAAACGCGCGCUGUCAGCCUGACCUAUACUCGAUGCAAGCCCUGUUGAUCUUCGACAUUGCCACGUCACUUCGACUGGACGACGUGAUGCACCAAAGCAAUCGACAGGAAGGGAUUCCACUGCCCAUUGGCACUGUCCAUGACCUCACGUUGCUCACCCUUAACCUGAGCUUUCGUGCAUUGGCUGACAUGCGAACACCAUUCCCUGCAGCCCACAAUCCGAAUGCGGCGGAAACAGGUCAACACGCGGGUUGCUCAGAGUUGUACCGUUUUGCGCUAACUACAGCGUCGUUGACACUCAAGCCUGUGCUCGAGGCCCAGUAUCGCACCUUCGGCUAUCUUUGGACUGUCUGCGAAACGGGGACAAGGCGUGAGUAGAUUCGUCGCAUAGUCUGAAUCUCUGGCAUCAGACCGACCUCCACCGGAGCUGCGUCAAAUCGGAUUUGAUGGCACCCAAGGUCCAUACAUAGUGCGCUGUGGUCUGGGAGCUGUGCAUCACCGAUCAUCGGCAGCUGAGUACGCUCGCUUGCGCUUGCUCUGUUUUGGGGUUGAUCGGGGUGCUCACGCCCUGGUAACGCGUCUGCUGCGAGAUGCCGCAAGUGAUUCUGCCUCAGAUCGACCGCCUCUGUGUGCUGUGGACGCAUUGAGCGAUCCAGGCGCCAAGAGGACGAGCUGUCAACUCUCAGCGCAAAGACGCAUACGCUGACGACAAAAGCGAAGCCGACCAAAACACCGCCUUCCCUCCACGGAGGGUCUCACGCGCAGUGAAGAGAAGUUGAACAUACUGUGCAUGAUACACAGAUUUUAAGCUAUAUCAAUAGAAAUGACACCCUCUGAAAUGGUCCCUUCACUGCCCGUCGCUUAACAGCGAGACAAAGGCGGCAAAAAUGUCUUCGGGAUAGAGCCGGUCCUGCAUCCGAUCCCGGAUUUCCUGAGCGCGGUCCCUAUGUGAUUUCUGCUGAUCUUCUGUCUGCACCUCCGACAGAGCCGUGUCCAGGACGCGCAAUGCAUCCAAAUUCUCGAUCCACCCCUUGUGAGCACGGACGGCCAAGUGAAGCACCGAGAAGAACCCAUUCUCACUCGCAAGACAGU